AAUCAUUUUUUCUUGAGGAUUUAGUCAAACUCAUCUCCAUCCCAACCAGAUCUCCACUAUUUACUCUUAUUAACCUCUUCCCACUAUUAUCACUUAUAAAUUCCAUAUCCAAAGAAAAAACACUUGUAAUCAUUCCAUGCUCUGUCAUUUUGAGCUCAUAUUUAAUAUUCAGAAUUUGGCUCGACCCGUUACCGCGAGUAUUAGCAAUGGCAACAACAGUUGCAGAAAACUUAAGCACCAUCACAACAAUCUGCAACCCAAAACCAGCAAGAGUUUGCUUUUCAUAUGCUGCCUAUGCUAAAAAUAUCAUACAACACCUCAAAUCUUCAAAUAUAAUCGUCGAAAAAGGACUUUGCGAUGAUGAAUUUUGCACCAUUGAAUCCAAAUUUAGCUUCAUUUUCCCACCUGAUCUUCGUUCUAUUCUUCAAGAAGGUCUUCCCAUUGGCCAUGGAUUUCCCAAUUGGCGAUCAUCGUCUGAACAACAAUUGGAAAUUAUCAAGAAUCUCCCGAUUUUGAGUUUGUGUAAACAAGUGAAGAAACGGAAAUUUUGGGCUGAAUUUUGGGGAAUUAGGCCGAUUGAUAAUGAUCAUGCGGUGGAUAUAGCAAACGAGUUUUUGAAAAAAGCCCCUGUUCUUGUUCCUAUUUAUCAGCAUUAUUACAUCCCGUGUACGCCGUGUUUGGCUGGGAAUCCUGUGUUUUACGUGCAUGAAGGGGAGGUUAAAUUGUGGAGUUUUGAUAUAUCUGGUUUCUUCCAGCAACUGGAGUUUCAAAGAAAAGAGAUGAUUUUACGAAGAUCGAGUUUGUUUAGUUUGCUGAAUGCGCCGGCAUGGGCGGCAACAGAGGCGAGGAAGAUUGAGUUCUGGACGGAAAUGGUUGCGGCAGUGACGGAGCCUGGUGGUGGAAGGCAUCGGAGGUGGUGGAGUGAGGAUUUAGAAGGAUAUUUAGAGGAUGUUUUUUUGAGGUUGACGGAAGCAGGGUGGAAAGACGAGGAUGUAAGAGAGAUGAUGAUGGUGGAUGACGGCUGGGAUGAUGGUGGCGAUGGUGAACGGAGGAGAUGCAGCGAUGGCGGCGUAAUUGUAGAGAAGAAAGAGGUGGAAACGCACGUGAGGUUGUUAUCUAAGAGGCUAUUACGUGCUGGUUGGAGUAGGGAAGAUGUGGUGGACUCUCUAGGAUCUUCGUCUGAUGAAAUUUAUCCGGAAGAGGAUUUUUGCUUUGAUUUUUUUCAUAAAACAAGUUAGUGAUUUUGCAUUGUUUAGAUAAGAGAAAAUUAUUUCCACGGUAAACGUUCGUCAUCUUCCAUUCUAAAAUUAAAGAUUCGAGUUAUUGAGAGAGGAAAAAACAAAUGAAAAAUUCAGGUUAGGGCUGUGUAAAGCAUACAAUUUGAUGAAAUAUUGGCCUAGUAAUUGCGGUUUACUUUAUUUUUAUGAGGAUAUAAUUUAGUUGAAUUCAUACAAAAUGGUUGAAUAAGUACUCUUCAGCUCAA